CUUGAGGCCACCCUCUCAUCCCAAGACCAAUAUGGAAGAUCUGUCUAGUUUACUUAAUACAGCGCGCGAACUCACGUCGCAUGUCGCGAGAUCAGACUUGCCUCCUGUUAAUCUUUCAUUGGAGCAAAUCGAAGCUCAAUCGAGACGACUAGGGAGGCAGCAAGCCCACACCCCGGAUAACGGCAAAGGGAGCUACUUGCUUGCUAAAGCCAACGUCGACGCCCCGGCACUCGCGUCAUCGAUUGCCACUCUGAACACGGCUAACACUUUUCUUCCACUCAACCCACUGAAUGACACGGAUGUUUCCGGCUAUCUCAAGCAUGCUUACGAGCAAACACUGAUAUCAACUAUUGAAGAAGGGAGACGGCAAACCGAACAAGAAUUUUACCAAAAUCUUGAGUUGAGGGCGCGUAAAGAUUGGGAAGCGCGGAAGAAGCGCAUCUUUGAAGAACUGGGAGGUAGAGCGCGAUUUGCUGGUCAACAUGCGGGGAUGAGGAGCAAGAAACUCUUCGGCGCGUCCUAUGUUGCUCCCCCAGCUCAAUCAAUAACAAUGAACACGAAGUUUAUGGCGUAUCUUCGUGUUGUUUCGGAGCUCAACUCUCAUCGCUUGGCAAGCACAUCCUAUCCACUCCUUGCCAACUUAAGCGAGGCCGCACGAGCAAUUAGUGAAGAUGCGCUGAGAAUAACGCACACCUACGAUAUCCUCACUUCCAUCACUGGCGAACGACCAAAACUUCCACCGUCACAUACCCAAGCUCAUAUCCUGAACUCCGCUGUCCUUGAAAGAGCAUAUGCUCGUGCUUAUCUUGGCUCUCAGGAGUCUCAGGAAGCACUGGAACUGCGGAAGAGAAUUGCUGAGGGCUCGCGAAGAGCCUUAGAAUUCCAGUAUUGGGAGAUUGUUGAACGCACUAUCCAGCAAAACCCAAUAGAUGCUGGCCUUGGAGGUGAUCCUUCCCCGGCGAACAAGACUCGUGCUUUCUUGAAUGUUCAGUUCUAUAAGAACGGUGCCUGGGAUAGCCGUAUUAGUUUGUUGGCUGGGAAACCGCUGUGGGCCAUCCUGUACUACCUCGUCCGAACGGGGCAUUUAAAGGAGGCUAUUGAAAGCGCCUCACAACAUGCCACCAUCUUGAAUAGUCAAGAGGAACUUUUCACCACCCUUCUGCAGACAUGGGCCGAGUCCCCUGAUAGAAGACUACCAUUAAACCUUCGGGAGCGUUUGCUUGCCAACUACAACUCGCACGUACUGCACGCGCGAGACGUCGAUCCAUUCAAGUUGGCACUCAUCAAGCUAAUAGGGAGGAUCGAUCCGCAACGACGCAACAUUCCACUGGUCAUUGCUUCCACCGAGGACUGGGCUUGGUUCCAGCUGGCUAUGGCGAGUUUUCGAUACCGAUUUAGGAUUGACGAAGAAGCUGUGUCUUUGAAAGACUUCGCACAGUCGCUUUUAACCUAUAAAAAAUCACAUUUUGAACCCGAAGGAAAGCCACGGAGGGGCAUCUGGGCAUGUCUUCUUCUCAUAUGUGGUCUCUUCGAGCAAGCAGUUGCGGCUCUAUAUGAGAUACCAGAACUACAAGUUGAGGCAGUUCACCUCGCCAUUUCCCUGUCGUAUUACGGUCUCCUACGCGUUCCCAGCAAAGCCGAGUCCUCUGAUGUUGAGAUUUUGAUCACAUCUCCCGUACGACCAGCAAUGCUUAAUUUAGCUCUCCUCGUCAGCCGGUAUAUAAGGCAGUUUCAACGAACUGAUCCCAAGGAGGCCUUGCAAUAUGUAUACUGCAUCACUCUCAAUUCAGACAAGAGCAGUAGCCUGGCUCCGAAGCAAAAUCCUUCCAGCCGUGAACAAGUUGAAAUUGCUCGGCAACUUGUCCAGCGCGUCAUCCUUGGUUGUGAUGGCAAAUGGGACGACCUUGUUGGAGCUUUUCGAGAAGAUGGUACUAAAAUUCCGGGGAUACUCGAGCGCAGCUUGCCUUUGCUGCACCUGGGCUCACUUGCAGAGUACCACGAAGCGGUCCUGCUGCCAGCUGCUGAUGAAUGCGAGCAAGAAGGCAAGCUGGUUGACGCUAUUAAACUGUACAAUAUCGCCGGUGCCCACGAUACGGUUAUUGCUUGCCUUACGCGUGCCCUUGGGAACGUUCUCUCUGAGCCAAUGGGCGGAGAAGGCGAUUCCCUAGAAUCGCUAACUCGAAACAUUCUCGACCAUUAUUCGCGUAGAGGAGAUGCCAUCGGGCCAAAGCGCCAGGAUCUUAUGUGCCUUCUGAAAGUAAGAGAAGCUGGAGUUGCCUACGAUGACAAGCAAUAUGAAACGGCACUUGCGGCAAUCGAAGCUUCAGGAUUGAUUCCGUUUGAUGGGGAUGUGCAGGCCAUCACACGGAAAGCCGACUCCUUCAAAGAGAACGACGAAGCGAUCACGAUGAAUUUGAGCCAUAUUCUGUUAUUGGCCAUGAACAUAUUACAUGGGCUACAUGGAAAGGUCAAACAUGCUAUGCAUGGAGACAACUCUCGCACAGCAGCAUUAGCAGAGAUCCGAAGAAAGUCUCGUGCACUGAUGAUGUUCGCGAGCAUGCAACGAUAUCGUAUGUCAGCGGACGUGUAUGGCCAGCUAACACGACUGGAUGUAGCUGUGGCGCAUUGAUUUGGGACAUCUCCAGUUGUCUUGACCCAUCUUGUAUUUAAUCUUGUUGUGUCAAGAAGGAAAUGAAUUAUUCACGCGUG